AUGGCGGCUGCGCAGGGCGCUGGGGUUGAUCCGAAGGAAGAAAAAGAGACAAAAACAGAAACUGUGACUGAUAAUUGUGGAAGUAAUAACAGUAAUAAUCAUGCGAGUGACGGCAGGUUGCUGUCGCCGGUCCAGUCCGGUCCAGCUCCUCCGACUGGAACCAACAAACCUGCGGCUCCGUCCGAGGACCAGCAGACUUUACUGGCCGUCCUGCAAUUCCUCAAAAAGAACAAACUAUCAGAAUCCGUCGAGGUUUUGCGCCGAGAAGCGGGUUUACCGGAGGACUGUAUGGAACAGAAGGGGUCUGAUGGUUCCGGGUGUGGUUCUGGUCCCGCUGGAGGGAAUAUGGACGCAGAAAACGGAGAUACGAGUUCCCUCCUCAGCCGUGUGUCGGUACCAUCAACAGGAGGAUCCCAGUCCACAUCCAAAGCACCGCCCGGAGAGGAUCAGCCAGAUGUCAGCGUGGUGCUGUCGGCUUACAGCCAGCAGGGGGACCCGGCUCUGUACGAGGUUUACUACAGCAGCCUGAAGAGGUUCAUAGAGACUGUUCUGGACUGUCACAGAGCGGAACUGUCCCAGGUCUUUUACCCUCUGUUUGUCCACAUGUAUCUGGAACUGGUCUAUAACAACCAUGAAAGUGAGGCCAAGGCCUUCUUUGAGAAAUUCAGUGGGGACCAAGAAUGCUACUACGAGGACGACCUGCGGAUCCUGUCGAGUUUGACCAAGAAGGAGCACAUGAGGGGAAACGAGACCCUGCUGGACUUCCGCACCAGCAAAUUUGUCUUACGAAUUUCCCGCGAUUCUUACCAGCUGCUAAAGAGGCACCUGCAGGAGCGUCAGAACAACCAGAUCUGGAAUAUUAUCCAAGAGCACCUCUACAUCGACAUCUUUGAUGGCAUGCCACGCAGCAAGAGCCAGAUCGACGCCAUGUCCGGCAGCUUAGCGGGUGAAGCCAAGCGAGAGGCCAACAAAGCCAAGGUUUACUACGGGCUGCUGAAGGAACCGGAAAUUGAACUUCCUCUUGAUGAUGAGGAUGAGGAAGCAGAGAAUGAGGAAGGUAAACCGAAGAAGAAGAAACCCAAGAAGGACAGCAUUGGUUCCAAAAGCAAGAAGCAGGAUCCCAACGCGCCUUCACAAACCAGAAUUCCUCUUCCAGAGCUGAAGGAUUCAGACAAGUUGGACAAAAUCAUGCACAUGAAGGAGUCCGCAAAGAGGAUCCGCCUGGGACCAGAGACACUCCCUUGUAUUUGUUUUUACUCCUUUCUUAAUGCGUAUCAGGGUCUGACUGCUGUGGAUCUGACCGACGAUUCCAGCCUGAUUGCAGGAGGUUUUGCUGACUCUACAGUCCGGGUGUGGAGCAUCACACCCAAAAAACUACGAAAAGUUAAAUCUGCAGCAGAGCUAAACCUGAUCGAUAAGGAGUCAGAUGAUGUGCUGGAGAGGAUCAUGGAUGAGAAGACAGCGAGUGAGUCCAAGAUCCUGUACGGACACAGUGGUCCAGUUUACGGCAUCAGCUUCAGUCCAGACAGAAACUACCUACUGUCAAGUUCUGAGGACAGUACCAUCAGGCUUUGGAGUCUCCAAACAUUUACGUGCCUGGUGGGAUACAAAGGCCACAACUACCCGGUGUGGGACACCCAGUUUUCUCCCCAUGGCUGCUAUUUUGUCUCCGGGGGACACGACCGAGUGGCUCGUCUCUGGGCCACCGAUCACUAUCAGCCUCUAAGGAUAUUUUCUGGUCACCUCGCCGACGUCACAUGCACCCGCUUCCACCCAAACUCCAACUACGUGGCCACAGGUUCAUCUGACCGCACCAUCCGCCUCUGGGACGUCCUGACGGGAAACUGUGUCCGCAUCUUUACUGGUCACAAGGGUCCCAUCCAUGCACUCACGUUCUCUCCAAAUGGGAAGUUCCUGGCGUCAGGAGCUACAGAUGGCCGAGUUCUUCUGUGGGACAUCGGUCAUGGGCUGAUGGUGGGAGAACUUAACGGUCAUACAGACACAGUCUACUCCCUCAGGUUCAGCAGGGAUGGAGAGAUCCUUGCGUCAGGCUCCAUGGACAACACUGUGCGUCUCUGGGAUGCAAUCAAAGCAUUUGAUGAUUUGGAGACAGAUGACUUUACCGCAGCUACAGGUCAUGUCCACCUACAGGACAACUCCCAGGAACUUCAGCUAGGUACCUACAUGACAAAAUCCACGCCUGUCAUACACCUUCACUUCACCCGCAGGAACCUUCUGCUGGCCGCUGGAGCCUACAAUCCAUGAGACAGCAAUGGGAACCUGCUGGCUGCCGGGACCUGCAGCCCAUGAGACAGCAAUGAACCCUAAUGUUGAUGGUUGAUAUGAGUCAUGCUUCAGCCCCGAGUGCUAAACUGACUAGAGGAGGGGAAAAAACAAAACAAAAAAAAACUUGAAAAGUUAACGUUACAUCUCUUACACGUCAAGGUACGGAAUUAACGUUAACCUUCAAGAUGAAUAGUGUUCACAUUUACAGAUGUCCCCUGCCGCAGUGAAGUGGCGUCAUGGACUUUGUGUGGGUAGGUGGGGGGCACUGCCACCUAGGUAAGUUUUCUGUCUAUUUUUUUUUUUAUACUAAUGGACACUGUAAAUAAAAAUGCUUUAUUGUUUUGGGCA